AGCCAAAUACGCACACGUGUGUUCAUUUUCAGGCCUUGACUUCGUCCCUGAGGAAUUUGACCCCACCUCCUGUCCAGAAUGGAAAAACAACGCCCCCAUUCCCGCCCUCGGCUUCUUCCCGCUUAGGUCCUCUCCAGUUACAGAAGUUUGGAUUUUUUUUUCCUAGAGAGACGAAAGUCCGGCACAGAGAAGUUACAGCAGCCGUUCAUAUGUUCUUCUGGGACACCGGUGAGGAAAUCAUGCAAUUCACCUUCGAGGAACUGGGGAUUUGGAAACUUGGGAGUUCAAAGCAACAUGGCACAUCUGCUGAAAUCGGUGGUGACCAGCUGCUCAUGCCCUUUCCUUAGCAACUUGGGCUCCUGUAAGGGUCUAUCUGGGAAGAAAGGCUUUUUACGAACAUUUCACACUCAUCAGGCACUGUGGUGUAAAUCCCCCGUAAAACCAGGAAUUCCAUAUAAGCAGCUGACAGUUGGGGUCCCCAAGGAGAUUUUCCAAAAUGAGAAGCGAGUAGCACUGUCUCCUGCUGGUGUCCAGGCCCUGGUCAAGCAGGGAUUUAAUGUUGUUGUGGAAUCAGGAGCAGGUGAAGCUUCCAAAUUCCCAGAUGACCUCUACAGAGCGGCAGGGGCCCAAAUCCAAGGGGCGAAGGAAGUUCUGGCUUCUGAUCUGGUGGUCAAAGUAAGAGCUCCCAUGGUGAAUCCAACAUUAGGUGCUCACGAAGCCGACUUUUUAAAGCCGUCGGGGACGCUCAUUAGCUUCAUUUACCCUGCCCAAAACCCAGACUUGCUAAAUAAACUUUCUGAAAGAAAAACUACAGUUCUGGCAAUGGACCAGGUCCCAAGAGUCACGAUUGCUCAGGGGUACGAUGCUCUCAGCUCCAUGGCCAACAUUUCUGGCUAUAAAGCUGUCGUUUUAGCAGCGAAUCAUUUCGGAAGGUUUUUUACCGGUCAGAUCACAGCUGCUGGAAAAGUCCCCCCAGCUAAGAUCCUGAUAGUUGGCGGUGGCGUCGCUGGGCUGGCUUCUGCAGGUGCAGCCAAGUCAAUGGGCGCGGUUGUCCGAGGGUUUGACACAAGAGCUGCAGCUUUGGAGCAGUUCAAAUCUCUUGGUGCUGAACCCUUGGAGGUGGAUUUGAAGGAAUCUGGUGAGGGCCAGGGAGGAUAUGCGAAAGAGAUGUCCAAAGAGUUCAUUGAAGCUGAAAUGAAGCUCUUUGCUCAGCAGUGCAAAGAAGUGGACAUCCUCAUCAGCACAGCACUGAUUCCAGGUAAGAAAGCUCCUGUUUUGUUUAGUAAGGAGAUGAUCGAAUCAAUGAAGGAAGGCUCCGUUGUUGUGGAUUUAGCUGCUGAGGCUGGCGGGAACUUUGAAACCACGAGGCCAGGAGAACUGUAUGUUCAUAAGGGGAUUACUCAUAUCGGCUACACAGACCUCCCCAGCCGGAUGGCCACCCAGGCCAGCACCCUGUACUCCAACAACAUUACCAAGCUCCUGAAGGCCAUCAGCCCUGACAAGGACAAUUUUUAUUUUGAAGUGAAGGAUGAUUUUGACUUUGGUACAAUGAGUCAUGUCAUUCGAGGAACUGUGGUGAUGAAGGACGGCAAUGUGAUUUUCCCAGCUCCCACACCAAAAAAUAUUCCUGCAGAAGCCCCAGUAAAACAGAAGACAGUGGCUGAACUGGAAGCAGAGAAAGCAGGCACGGUCUCAAUGUACACGAAGACGCUGACCACAGCGUCUGUGUACGCGGCAGGUCUCACCGGGAUGCUGGGCUUGGGCAUUGUGUCCCCCAAUCUAGCCUUCUCUCAAAUGGUGACCACUUUUGGCCUGGCUGGCAUUAUUGGUUACCACACAGUCUGGGGAGUGACCCCUGCUCUCCACUCACCACUGAUGUCUGUGACUAAUGCGAUCUCAGGUUUGACUGCAGUCGGUGGGUUGGCGUUGAUGGGAGGGCAUUUUUAUCCUUCUACAACCUCCCAGAGUCUUGCUGCUCUUGCCACAUUCAUAUCGUCAGUGAACAUUGCAGGUGGCUUUCUGGUGACUCAGAGAAUGCUGGACAUGUUCAAGCGACCCACAGAUCCUCCAGAAUACAACUACCUGUAUCUGCUUCCUGGUUGUACUUUUGUGGGUGGAUAUUUAGCUACUCUCUACAGUGGUUAUAACAUCGAAGAACUCAUGUACUUGGGCUCGGGCUUGUGCUGUGUCGGAGCCCUGGGCGGCCUUUCCACUCAGGGAACAGCAAGACUUGGCAAUGCCCUGGGUAUGAUCGGGGUUGCAGGGGGCCUGGCGGCCACACUCGGAGGCCUGAAACCAGAUCCACAGUUGUUGGCUCAGAUGUCUGGAGCCAUGGCUAUGGGUGGCACCAUUGGAUUGGCGAUUGCGAAGCGCAUCCAGAUCUCUGACUUACCUCAGUUGGUUGCUGCUUUCCACAGUCUAGUGGGUUUGGCGGCAGUGCUUACGUGCAUGGCUGAGUACAUUGUAGAAUAUCCGCAUUUCGCAAUGGAUGCAACGUCAAAUUUCACCAAGAUCGUGGCCUACCUUGGCACGUACAUUGGUGGAGUCACCUUUAGUGGCUCUCUUGUUGCCUAUGGAAAAUUACAGGGUAUUCUGAAAUCAGCACCUCUGCUGCUGCCUGGAAGGCAUGCACUCAAUGCAGGCUUGCUGGCUGCCAGUGCGGCUGGGAUAAUCCCAUUUCUGGCCGACCCCAGCUUUACCACUGGCAUUACCUGUCUGGGAUCAGUGUCUGCACUCUCUACUCUCAUGGGUGUGACUUUGACAGCCGCCAUUGGGGGUGCUGACAUGCCUGUUGUCAUCACUGUGCUCAACAGCUACUCGGGCUGGGCUCUGUGUGCCGAGGGCUUCCUGCUCAACAACAGCCUGCUGACCAUUGUGGGUGCGCUCAUUGGCUCCUCCGGUGCUAUCUUGUCGUACAUCAUGUGUGUGGCAAUGAAUCGCUCCCUGGCUAAUGUGAUUCUUGGAGGCUAUGGUACAACUUCAACAGCUGGUGGAAAGCCCAUGGAAAUUUCUGGCACACAUACAGAAAUCAACCUUGACAAUGCAGUUGAGAUGAUACGGGAAGCUAAUAGCAUUGUUAUUACUCCAGGAUACGGCCUGUGCGCAGCCAAAGCUCAGUACCCCAUUGCUGACCUGGUGAAGAUGCUUACUGAGCAAGGCAAAAAUGUCAGGUUUGGAAUCCACCCAGUUGCAGGCCGAAUGCCUGGUCAGCUUAAUGUACUCCUGGCUGAGGCGGGAGUGCCCUAUGAUAUUGUGCUGGAGAUGGAUGAGAUCAACAGCGAUUUCCCAGACACUGACCUGGUUCUUGUCAUUGGAGCUAAUGACACUGUGAAUUCAGCGGCUCAGGAAGACCCCAACUCUAUUAUUGCAGGCAUGCCAGUCCUUGAGGUCUGGAAGUCCAAACAGGUCAUUGUCAUGAAGAGGUCCCUGGGUGUCGGCUAUGCUGCGGUGGACAAUCCAAUCUUCUACAAACCUAACACAGCCAUGCUUCUGGGUGAUGCCAAGAAGACAUGUGAUGCUCUGCAGGCCAAAGUUCGAGAAUCCUAUCAGAAGUGAAUGUUAGAGAUCAAGCUGGAGGAACAGAGAAAUAAGGCAUGAGUAGAUGAGCAAAGCUUUCAAGGCCCAAAAGAAGCCUAGCAAAACAACAGAGAUAUUCAAGACCAGAAACCCUUGAUUCUCAGAAAACAUUUGAAAAUUUCAUCUACCUAUUUCUAGUUGCCGUUGCCAAAAAGCAGAAGUAUUUUGUAAGCUGUGAAGAACAGCAUCAUUUUAGAUAUAAUCCUAUUGGAUUUUUAAAAUUCUCUUUUGGCAGCUAGAAAUGAGUUGAGGAGUUGAAUGUUCAGGAUUUCAGGAUGUACUUUGGUCUGAAAAGUAUUACACAGUACGAAUAUCGCAGGCACCUGCAUUUAGUUUUUUUUUUUUUUUCUUCUUCUUCACCAAAUGUGACUAAUUUGCAGCUUUUUAUCAACUCCUGCCUGUCCUUUUGCAUUGUAGCCAUAGCCUGGAUUGACCAUACCAAAUCUGUUUCAGGUUAGCAGGCUUUACUUUAGAUUCUAGAUUUCAAAGAUAUAUUUUCUCACUUCUAUUUUAAUAUGUAAAAGGACUAGAUAGCCUUUCAGAGAUGCUAGGAACUAUCUGCUUGAUAGGGUCAGUAAAACAUAACUUAAAAAUAAUUAGUUGUAUUUUUGAAAGCCUUCUUGCCAAUUGGAGGUCUCUUUAAUUUCGGUGAUUAAGUGCUCUUGAGUGUGCUGUAUCAAAUGCUGUAUUAAGUGCUUUUGAGUGGAUUGCAACCAUUUGAGGAAUAAAUGAGUUCAUCAUGUUUUCAAA